AUGGUUUUAACACCGGUCGACCACCCUGUAAAAGCUGAAAAUAAAAUCAGACUGAGACUGGGGACAGUGAAUGUCGGAACGAUGAGAGGGAGACACGGAGAAAAGAAUAGAGAUGUUAGAGUAAGCUGGGUCAAGGUGUCGGUUGGUAAAAUACUCACGGCUAAAGAUAAUUUAAAGGAAAAGUGGAAAGAUUGUUUUGAAAAGCUGUUAAAUGAAGAGCUUGAAUGGGAUAAGGAUGAAAUGCUCGAGCGUAGAAGGAUUGACAUCUACUGCCUUCAAGAGACCCGAUGGAAAUCGAAUGGUGUUUGUCAUGUCAACCCAGACAAAGAAAAAUAUAAACUAUUCUGCAAUGGUCACAAGACGGACAAAAAUGGUGUUGGAAUUUUUGUCAGAGAACCGCUAGCCCAAGAAUUACUAUAUAUUAAAAGCAUUAAUUCACGUCUCAUGUGA